AUGUACCUACGACAUGGGAUUUCUGCUGGUACCACGGCUGAUCCUUGGUGUCAAGUCAUAGCCGGCGAUAUCGUCGACUAUGGAGUGGCGUUCGGAAAGAAGAUUCGGUCUGUUUCCCUGAUCCUGGUCAACGGAACUACGCCGCACGCCGGCCCCAAUGCGGAGCCAGCCACGGUCGCCAACAAGCACCUAGGUUCACAAAGACCGAGCCAAUUGCUUGCUAGCCAUGGUGGCUGCGAAUGGGCUGGAAUGGUCUGUCCCCCGUCCGCCUGCCUGAGCGUCGGGCAGGACGAGGCUGCUGCUGUGCGUGGUCUCUCCGGCGACGCAACACAAGGUUGA